AUGGGCAACGCAUCGCCAGGAGGAAAACAGCAAAAGGGGGAGGGUGGGCACUUGCCAGACUGCGUCGCAGGCACGGGAUGGAGCGAAGAGGAUGCAUCCCUAUUCGAGCGCCUCCUGUCGCACUGGCAGGUGGGCGAGGGUGAGCUCCAGCCCGCCGACGACGUGCCCUCCCUCACCGUGGCGGGCCGCACCAAGUUCGAGGACCAGGUCUCCGUCGUGCGUUGGCGCGGCGACCUCCUCGUGCUCAAACGUUGCCAGCCUCCCUCCGCGCUCUACCAGGAACUCGCCGUCUGGUUCCGCCUACGACCACACACUCGCGUGGUGGGGUUCAGAGGCGUGGUGCCGGGGAGCGCGGCGGUGCUGACAGACUACAUGCCGCUGGGCACGCUGGAGACGUUCGUGCUGUCGCCCGAUGCGCCGCCGCCCGGCAGCCCGGCCUGGCUCCGGCAGGGCGUGUCGCUGCUCCUCGACGUGGCCCGCGCCAUGGCGCAUCUCCACGCCGAGGGCUUCGUCUGGCGCGAUUGUGCAGCACGCAACGUGCUUCUGUGCCACGAAGGCGGCCACGAUCGCCUGCUGCGAGGCAAGAUCACCGACUUUGGGUUCGCGCGACGGAUGGACGCUGACGGGCGGGUCGUCGUGCCCGCACAGACCCGCAACCUGCCCAUCCGAAUCGGCGCACCCGAGUCCCUCGCCUCCGACGACGCCGAGUACUCCGCCAAGUCCGACGUGUGGUCCUUUGGCGUGUUGAUCUACAGCCUGUUCGCUCGCAAACGACCCUACGGCGACCUCGCGCCGGCUGAAGUGGUCCAGGGCGUGAUCGCCGGCUCGCUCUCCCUAAACGCUGACGACCUGGUACUGCACACGUCUCCGCCGGCCGACAGCGGGAAGAAGACCGACAAAAAGACUACUUCGGCACCGACAAAAGAGAAGAAGAAAAAGAUGGACAGGAAGCGAGCGAGUGGGUUGCGAUCGACGUUCGAGGCCUGUCAACGACGUCGACCACAAGACCGACCAACCAUGACAGACGUCAUCCUCGCCCUCUCCCAUCAUCAUCACCAGCUUGCCUCCCCUCCCUCGCCGCAACAAGGGUAG